CACCAGUAACUCUGGUUACUGGUGGAGAACCAGUAACCAGGUUCUCCACCAGUAACUCAAAAACACUGAAUGUUGUUUCAAGGUUUUGACUGGAAAGAAGAUGGAUGUGAAACUGAAAUCGACCAAGAUCAAGUUACCUGCAAUUGCAGCCAUGCAACACCCUUUGCCGUCCUUCUGAUAAGAACACCAAUAGAUGGAGCCCAUUGGAAAAUACUGUCUUACAUCAGUUACAUAGGCUGUGGGAUUUCUCUUUUCUUCGGCGCUUCGUCUCUCGUUGUAUAUGUGUUUAACAGGAGCCACAAAAUGGACACUUCCAUGUCCAUCCACGUGUCUCUGAGCGGCGCCUUGUUUCUCCUUAACUCCACCUUCCUGCUGACUGAGUGGGGGCCCACGGUGGAGCCGGACUGGGUCUGUGAGUUUAUAGCUGCGCUCAUGCAUUACUCGCUGCUCUGCUGUCUCACCUGGAUGGCCAUCGAGGCCCUGCACCUCUACCUGCUGCUGAUAAAGGUGUACAACACCUACUACAAAUGCUACCUGCUCAAACUGUCUCUCGUCGGAUGGGGGAUUCCUGCGAUAAUUGUGUCACUAUCUUUGUCUGUGAAGAACGUUAAACAGUUUUACGGAGUUACAGAGUUGACCAUGUCAGACACCAAUCAAACCAACAGCAUCUGCUGGAUCACAGAUGACACCUACUUCUACUCGCUGAACCUUGUGUAUUUCACCCUGAUAUUCAUCUUUAACUCUGGCAUUCUGAUGGCAGUGGCCUCAAGCAUCUGCAAGAUGAAGAAAAAGUUAAAGACUAACUCAAAGCUUCAAGCUAGCGCCAGCAGAAAGUCAAAGGGAGUCCCACCGAGGUUCAGCGCGUCCUGCCAGAGCGGCCUGACUCUGCUGGGCCUCACCUGCCUGAUGGGGACCACCUGGGGUCUGGCCUUCCUGGGUUCUGGUUAUGUCAACUACGCAGUGCUCUAUCUUUUCUGCAUCCUCAAUUCCCUACAAGGUUUCUUUAUUUUUGUGUGGAUCUGUCUGUCGGCCAAGAAGCAGCGGAGGAAAGAAAUGGAGCAGAAAGUGUCUUUGAUCACUGCGGUGCAUUCAGACACAAAAAUGGACUAGAUCUCUUCUGCCUCUGCAUGGAUCCCAGUAGAUCCUCUUACAGAAAUGCAUCCGCAUGUAUGGGGAAAAAAACUGCAAAAAGCCUUAAAAUUAAUUCCUUUUUUAUCGCAAUUGCAUAUUUUUUACACAUCCUCACAGUUAGAAGCACUUCUAUAAGAUCCUACAAAAUAAAUGUUAGCCAUUUAAUACUUAAUGUUUCCCUGAGGUAUACAGAGGCCCAAUUCUUUCAGUCACUGUUCAUAAGUGGGAAACACAGGAAUCGUCUAAAGCAAGAACUCGGGCGCCAGAAGUUGCCCAUGUCUACAGAAGGAGAAAUAAUUCAAAAGUUUAAAACAACUCAGAGCGUCACAGACGUGGCUGGAAGUGAACGGCACCAAACACAGACAGCAGGAAGGUAAGAAAAGUGGAAAAAGAAAAUUAAAAUCUCUCUGUCAAUGAAGUUCUUCCUGGUUUUCAGUGAGUUCAGCGAUAAAAGGCACAAUUAUUUUCACACAUUUUUAACGUGUAAUGCUGAGAAGUGUAUAAGUAUUUAUAUUACAUUACAUUUUGCCACAAACACCAGCGCAUUCAUCUUUCUUAUUUUCAAAUACACACAAACACACAACUCUUCAGUGCGGUGUGUGUACUCAGCUUUCAAGAAUCAGGAAACCUUGUGAAACUGAUUUUCAUUGCAAUUUCUGCUGCAACUCUUUUCACAUACAGUAUAUACCAGCUUUGCACAUUUUUACCCAACGUUCCUUGCAAAGAGCUGUAAUUUAGUCCGACUGGGCGGAGUGUAUCUGUGAAUGUGCAUCUGAAAAUGCAUGCCACAUUUUCAGAUUUUGAGUUGUAAAACAUUUUCAUAAAACUUGUAGUAUCUUUGUUCCUCUUUACAAUACUUUGUGUUGGUCUGUUCCAUAAAAUCUCAAUAAAAUGUGUGGAAGUUUGUGUAUUUUCUAUGACACGAUUAUGUAAACGUUUUUAAGCGUAAUAAUACUUAGACAAGACACUGCACAUUUAG